AAUGCUGAAUGAUCCCACCUAAUUUUGUCUCCUUCCUGGACUGGACUGCCUUCCAUUUUUUAAGACAUAUAUUUGUAUUGUUAGAGCGGCCACUUGAGUGUCUGGUCAAUAUAAUGGAUCAUCCGUGACCGUGCGUCCGCUCUGGUGCAAGCCAAGACGAAGAAAGUUGGGGAAAGAUGCACGAAGAGGAUGGCGGAGACGAGAACUCUUCACGAGACCUACGGGUUCUGGCCUCCGAUUCGGUGGACGCAGGCGAACCCGAAUCACCGAAGGACCCGGUCGCGAAACUAUGCGGUUAUUUGACUAAACUCGCUGGAAAAGGUCCGCUGCGGGGGUUUAAACUCCGCUGGUUUGUGUACGACGAGAGGAAAUGUUAUUUGUAUUACUUCAAGACUCCCCAAGACGCCUUGCCGCUGGGACACAUAACGAUAGGCGAAGCCAGCUUCAGCUAUGAUGUGGAGGGGGAUGAGGGGCAGUUUGAGAUUCGCACCGCGGGGAAGGAGUUUGUACUCAAGGCCCCUAACCGCCAGGUGAUGCAGUACUGGCUCCAGCAGCUGCAGCAGAAGCGUUGGGAGUUCAGUAACACCAGAGGGUCUGGACAGAGGGACAGCUGGAGUUCUCCUACCCCUCACACUGGCCUGGUGGCCAAAGAUACAGAUGUCUUUGUGUUUGAGAAGCCCAGUCACAGUGACAGCAUGGAGAGGGUACGCAGCGACUUUGCUAUGGAAACAGACGGACUGGUGGGUGUCCAAUCAGUACGAGGCCCCUCCCACCACCCCCCCAAUCCCCUCAACUUCUCCAGCAAGCUGGGCCACUGGAGCUCAGAGAUCAGGAACUCCAUGUCAGGUCUGCGUGUGGGUCGAGGAGGAGGAGAGAACAGACGCUCUGUCUUCUACACUGGGAGCAGUGGUGAUGAGUGGGAGAUGUUAGACGCUCCCUCAACCAAGGACAUCAACCCGGACCACAAACAUCCCACCCAGCCUCAGACUGACUCACACAGACACUCCAUUGGUUCUCCAUUCACAUUUGACUUCGGGCGGAGCAGCAGUUCCUCGUUGCGGCCCAAGCGGCCCACUCUGCGGGACAUAAUGGGUUCAGGGAGGUUAGGACGCAGCACAGAGAGCUCUUCCCCCUCUUCUCAGACCACGCCCCCAGUGGAGUGUAACGGCAGCAGGACCAAUGAGCUGCAGCUCCGCCUCCAGAGCCAGGAACAGGAACUGACACGCCUCCACGAGGAGAACAACAACCUGACUGAGGAGUUAACCUCCCAGAAGGAGCUGGUCAGACUGCUUCAGCAGACCUUGAGGAGCACCCAGAGGGAGAUGCGACCAGCGCCAGUAUUAACUCCAGUACCUGCCUCACCUCCAGCCCCAGGGUUCCCACAGUCGAACCUAGCCCAGAUGGAAGCCCUCCUCCUGGACAGGGAUGGUCAGGUCCAGGCCCUGUGUUGCCAGCUGGAGCGUUUAGCCCUGGAGAAGGAGAGUCUACAGAGGGAGCUGAAAGGACUGAAGGUCAAGGUUGGGGAGAUCAAUGAGCAGCUGAGCAUGCUGAUGGAGACCAUCCAGGCCAAAGACGAGGUCAUCAUUAAACUGUCCCAGACACCCCCCCAGGGAGCAGACGGGACCACCCCCCUGCUGCAGGACUGCAGCUCAGCUCCACCCCCUGCCAGCCAGCAACAGGAGAUAAACAAUCUUAAGGACAGUGUUCAAGGCUAUAAAUCCCAGAACAAGUUCCUGAAUAAGGAGAUCCUGGAGCUGACUAUUCUACUAAGGAACGCUGAGGCCAGGGAGCGAUCUCUGGAGGUUAAGUAUGUGGCGUUGGAGGCUAAAGUGUGUCAGGUUGAGAGUAAGUACCUGGUGCUGCUUCAAGACCUGAAGAACCCAGUGUGUUCCUCUUCAGAACAGAGUCCUGCCAGGGAGGUCAUCUCUAGACUGUUGGAGGAUGCACUGAACAACACUGACCCUACGGGACACGCCGUCUUUAAGCCACACCCUGUCAGUGAGUACGAUGUGUUUGGCUUCAAAACAGUUCCAGAGGAGGAUGAUGAAGAGGAGAAGCUGGUAGCCAAGGUGAGGGCUCUGGACCUGUGCUCCCUCUCCCUAACAGACCCUGAGGUGUCAGUGGGGGUGAAGUGGGAGAACUAUCUUUCCUCUACUAUGAACAGAGACAUGGUGCACUGCCCCGAACUCAAAGCCCUUAUGAGGAGCGGGGUGCCACAUGUCCAUCGCUCCAAGGUGUGGCGCUGGUGCGUGUCCUACCACACCAGGAAGUUCCGUGACAGCCUGGCUCCAAACUACUACGAGACCUUACUGGGUGUGGCCAGAGACAAGCCUAAUCCCGCCUCCAAACAGAUAGAGCUUGACCUGCUGAGGACCUUACCUAAUAACAAACACUACUCCUCCCCCGGCGCCGACGGAAUACAGAAACUACGUAAUGUCCUGCUAGCCUUCUCCUGGAGGAACCCUGACAUAGGAUACUGCCAGGGACUCAACAGGCUGGCAGCCAUAGCUCUGCUGUACCUGGACCAAGAGGAUGCUUUCUGGUGUCUCAUCACUAUCGUGGAGGUCUUCAUGCCCCAGGACUACUACACCAAGACCCUGCUGGGAUCACAGGUGGACCAGCGUGUUUUUAAGGACCUGCUGAGUGAGAAGCUGCCCAGACUCCACGCCCACUUUGACCUCUACAAGGUUGACUCCUCCCUCAUUACCUUCAACUGGUUUCUGGUCCUCUUCGUAGACUCAGUGAACUCUGACCUCCUCUUCAAGAUCUGGGAUGCCUUCCUGUACGAGGGACCCAAGAUCAUCUUCCGCUUCGCCCUCGCUCUCUUCAAGUACAAGGAGGAAGAGUUUCUGAAGCUUCAGGACUCCAUGGCCAUCUUCAAGUACCUCCGCUAUUUCACCAUAACUAUCCUGGACUGGAGGAAGUUGAUGAGCAUAGCGUUUGUGGACAUGAAUCCGUUCCCCCUGAGACAGAUCCUUAACCGCAGGACCUUCCAUCUGGAGAAGGUUAGACUAGAGCUGACAGAGCUUGAGGCCAUCAGACAAACCUUCCUCAGAGAGAGAGACACACACACCGACGCAGGCGCGCUGUGUAGCGACGAUGAGGAGGACAACUAGCCAAUCACGGCCCAGGCCAACUAGGACAUCAGUAGAGAGAAUGACCACGGCCCCCGACGCACGCACGCAUGCAAGCUUUGUAGCAACAACUAGCACACAGCCUGUCAGGGUGCAGUGCCUGCAGACUCCAGCCAAUCAGGAUCCAGGUCUGUGUGAUUCUAUCGUAUCACCUGCAGACUCCAGCCAAUCAGGGCCCGAGCCUGGCUAUCCCGCCCACCUUCAGACCAAACAGACGCUGUCAUGAGUAAUGACCCACCAUGAUGACCAGUGAUAUAUCCACAUACUCCCCACUCUCACUCCCUAUCACCUCCAUGUUCUCCACAUGCUGAACCCUGUGGCUUGGACCUAUCACCUCCAUGUUCUCCACAUGCUGAACCCUGUGGCUUGGACCUAUCACCUCCAUGUUCUCCACAUGCUGAACCCUGUGGCUUGGACCUAUCACCUCCAUGUUCUCCACAUGCUGAACCCUGUGGCUUGGACCUAUCACCUCCAUGUUCUCCACAUGCUGAACCCUGUGGCUUGGACCUGUCACCUCCAUGCUGAACCCUGUGGCUUGGACCUAUCACCUCCAUGUUCUCCACAUGCUGAACCCUGUGGCUUGUUGUGGAUCAAAACUCUCUUGGCCAAAUGUUUUUUUCAAUUACUUCCAUUCUUUUGUAAACGUGUUAAUCUGCUUGUUGUGGCUGAGGGACAUUGAUCUGAGAGAUUGACAUGACAACCACAGUGUUAUUCUGUCCCACAGCCAUACUGCUGUGAUUGCAGAGCUGGAUCAUGCCAAUCUGAAUCAGUAUUUUUAUAAUAAAUCAUUGUGCUCUUUUGGAGAGGAGGGACUGAUUUGUAUUCGUAGAUAACCUGACUGCUAUAGCCCUCUCAAAGUAUGGGUAGGUGUGUUUCUUGUUUCCAGAUUGGUUUUGUAGGAGACUAUGCUGCUGCAGUAUACUAUACAGUAACCAGCAGGCCUUGUUGGUAGCCGCUGUCUGUCUACGAAGCACUUGAACCACUUUUACCAAAACGUCUAUUGAUUGACGCUUUACUGAGAAACCUUGGACCAAUAAUAGUCCAUCAUUCCAGACUCCAGUACAUUUCCAGAAAUGCUGUCCCUCCCCUUCCCAUUGAACGAAGGAUGAGAAACAGAGGCAGAACCCGGAUUCACCUCAACCCAGUCACAGGGCAGGAGGUAUUGUACUCUGCACAGCUUCAAGUCCCUCUGCGGUAACAUACUGUCAUCACCAUCACGUGGUGUUAAUAAGGGGAAAUUUUAUGAGGGAAUCUACUAGUCACCUGUCUUUCUCUUCCUGUUUACAUUUUCCCUUGACUUUUUCUUCACUUAUUUUUGUGCUUUCCAGACUCAUCAAAUGUUGUUUCUUUGAUAUUUGUUCUGAAAUGUUUCGGCACAUCUACACUGAAUAGACCGAACAUUAGGAACCAGUUUCUAAUAUUGAGUUGCACCCCCACCCCCCUCUUUGCCCUCAGAACAGCCUCACGUGGUUGGGGCAUGGAUUCUACAUGGUGCCGUAAGCCUUCCACAGGGAUGCUGGUCCAUGUUGACUCCAAUG